AUGACAACUAAUAAAGACAAUAGUAAUAAUAAUGAUAACCCUGAUAAUAAGGAAUUCACAAGAAGACCCAAUCCCAAAGGAUGGACACCACCAAAGGCCCCUUAUAAUCCAUAUGAUCCUAAUGAUACUAGACCACCUGGAGGAUAUCCAUCAGAAUUCAAAUUACCAGGCCAAGAACCAAGUGGAUUUUCAUCAUUACCUAAAAGUCCUACCCAAUAUCAAAAAGUCAAUGAAACCAUGGAAAGAUUAAAUUAUACUGCUAGACCACAAUCUGAUUUAUACCCAGGACAAUAUAAAGUAUUACGUCGAGUCGAUACUAAUAAACGAUUAGAUAUAGGUAAUCGAUAUUUUGGAACUUUUAUAAUUGGUAGUGUUAUUGUUUAUGGAGUUUUUUUCCAUCGUUGGAAUGAUGGUAGAGAAAAUGUUUUCAGUGAUUUUUAUCGAGCUCAAUUAAAAUUAAAAGAAAAAUUAAUGGGUGGAUUAAAUGAACAAGAAUAUGAUGAUUUAUAUCAUCCAAGAGAUAGUGGGAUUGUGGUUAGAAAUGUUAGAGAUGCUCAAUAUAUUCCUGAAGAUAUUAGGAAAACUAGUGAAACUAAUUAUAAUUUAAAUAGACCUAGUGAAAGACAUGUUUUAGAAGCUCAAAGAAUUCAACAAGAACAAGAAGAAAAAAUGUUGAAAGAAUUGGAUUAUCAUAAAAAAUUUGCUCAAUCAGUAUUAAAAGAAGAAGAGAUUGAUGUUAAGGAAUUGCAUAAUCAACAAGAAGCAACGAACAUCACAGCUGAUAAACCAAAGAAGAAAUGGUUUGGAAUUUUUUAA